AAAAACAAGUGUUCAGCAACCCGCCAGAGCAGAGCUCGGCACCCUGCUCGCCCAGCCCAGCGCCCGGAGAGGAUGCUAAGCCGGCAUGGCCCCCUCCACCACAGCCCUGGCACUGUUUGUGGCACUGCUCCUUGCCUGGCGGACGGACGGUGAGAAGCUGGCGAGCCCCACGCACGUGCGCUUUGCUGCAAAGAUAGCGCAUCACCUGCUGCGGUGGGAGCCAGGACACAACCCUCCCAGCAAUGUCCGCUACGAAGUGGAGUACAAAGUCUACGGCACGAAUUUCUCCUGGACAGCCAUCCCAAACUGCAUGAAGAUCUUGGGGCACUCGUGCGACCUCACAUACUACACCCUGGAUCCUGCCCUGCGCUACUAUGCACGGGUCAGGGCCGUGUCCAGAAACCACACGUCCCCGUGGCAAAGGACCAACUCUUUCUCCCCGCAAGAAGCCAGCCUGCGCCUGUCAGGCCAGAGCCUCUCUGUGACAGGCAACACCAUCCACGUGCAGCUGCAGCUGCUCUUCAGGGCGGGCAACCUCACUGUGAAAUACGACGACAUACAGAAGCACACGAGGCGAUACCGGGUGUAUGUCAGGAGGGCACAGGACAAUCGGACGUACGAAGUGGUGGAGACCACCCCAGAGUUCAACGUCAGCAAUCUCUUCUGGCACACGGAGUACUGCAUCAGCGUGGAGCCCGACGUGGCCAGCCGGCACACCCGCACCACGCGCACCAACGAGCAGUGUGUCACCAUCGGCGAGAGAGACAGGAGCGCAGAGCUUGUCCUGAGCACCGUCAGCUCCUCCUUCAUCACCCUGUUGCUCUUGGGUCUCCUGGGGGCUCUGCUGGUGUGCACCUACAUAAAGAAACCCAUGAGGCCACCGUCCGUCCUGAAGUCUUUCAUAAAACAGAGCUCGCUCUGGGUGGAGCAGGAAUCCUCAUCCUCAGGCAGCCCGGACGCAGAUCCUGUCCAGCAGCUGUUCCUGUGCCAGAAGGAGCCCCAGCAGGACAGUGGCCCUGACGGCAGCACCGGCACAGCCCAGCUGCCCGUGGAGAAGGGCUGGAGGCUCCCAGCAUGGCCCGAGGACUGGGUAUGCCUGCUGGGGCUGGAGGCCAGGGGGAGCGGAGACAGCAGCUGCACCAGCACUGACAGUGGCAUCUGCCUGCACACCUCCUCCUCCGAACUGAGCUGCUCCUCAGGCCCUGAGCCCCAGGGCUACAAGCGGCAGCUGCCCACUGGCGACGACAGCGGCAUGGGCUUGGAGAGCGCCUGCCCUCGCCCCACGUGCUCCUCCGGCAGCAGGAACGCCAGCCCUGCGGAGGCCAGGCAGCCCUGCAGAGGGGAGCUCAGCCUCUCCCCUGCCGCCGGCCAGGACGGCCAGCAAGUCGUGGAGUUCCGCGGGUACCUGCAGCAGUCCAAGGGCAUGGUGGAGCCGAGGCAGGACCCAGCCAAGGGGCUACCCUUCUCAGGCUGUGCAGGAUCCCCGCAGGACCCUGGCAGCACUGACGUCGUGCUGGAUGUAGAGUGCUCCGAGCUGGCUGUGGCCAAAGGGUACUUGAAGCAGUUCUCUCCCGAGCAUCCCCGCAGCCACGCACAGGACCUUGCUCCAUGGGGCACCCCUCGGGAGCCCACUGCCUGGGACUUUUCCAGCCAGGUGGGGCCCCAAGCCCCGACUCUGCUGAGCUAUGGGGCUCCAGGUGCUCCCUCGGCCUCCAAAGCCAGCCCCGAGCUCCUGAAAGCUCCCUUUGACCUGAGCAUCUUCAACACUGACCUCCUGGGGACGCUGCCCCUCACCUCCAGCCUCAGCACCAACAAGUGGCUCACGCUGCAAAUCAACCCCCUGAGCCUGCUCAACGGGGACAGCAAGGACAGCCGCCUGUGAGCCAUCCCCGUGCUGGGGAGCGGGUGCCUGCCAGCCCCACACGCUGUCCCAACUACCUCUUCUAGCCACUGCCCACGGGGAGCAGCUACUCCGAUAAGCUACCGCCGACCCCUGAAUGUUAACGCAUCAAACUGAGCAGUGCCCCAGCCGAUAUUUGCCCGAGAAGCACCAGCUCAGCUACUUAUGGGGCUGCUUUGGCCCCGGUACUGCUGUGGCCAGCCUCCAGCGUGCCCUGCACCUUCCCUCCAGCCAGUCUCUGGUGUAAAGCUGAUGAUACACAGGGAUGGACUGCACUGGAGGGCCUCGCCCCCGCCUCCUCUGACCACCAAGGAUACACACCAGGAUGUUGCCAAAGGGCGAUCCUGCCUUGUCUGCCCUCCCCAGCAGCCCAGCGUGGGCCAUGCAGCCCCUGGGCUCAAGGCCACUCUUGGGGCCGGAGCCGGGGCCAGCCCUGUGCUUCCCCUCCCCGCU